GGGAGGAAUUCUGCUCAGGCUUCAGCAGGGGCAGCUAAACAGGACCUCCAGCUGUGUGUUUCAGAUAGAAUAGGUCCAGUUGAACAGCAGAUCUUCCUCUGUACAACAGGGACCAGGAGCUGAACCCCCCUGUGUUCGAGAGCACUCUACAAACAUGGCCGGUAAGAUCCAGACUCUGACUGAAGAGGAGAGGGCCCACCUACUCCCCCUGCUACGUAAUGCCCAGUGGGUGGAGGUUGUGGGCCGGGAUGCCAUCUACAAAGAGUUCAUUUUCAAAGACUUCAAUCAGGCUUUUGGUUUUAUGUCCAGAGUGGCUUUACAAGCUGAGAAGAUGGACCAUCAUCCCGAGUGGUUCAAUGUCUAUAAUAAGGUCCAGAUUACUCUUAGCACACAUGACUGUGGGGGAUUGUCUCAGCACGACAUCACUUUGGCCACCUUCAUCGACCAGGCGUCCCUGAUGUAAAACGCCAACCAUCGGCUUCCUUGGCACUGAAGGUCUGGAGGGAACGGCUCCACAUUAACUGAGAAACCUCAAGAUCAGACUUCAAACUUCUGAGAGGAGCCAGAUUACUUCCAGCUCACUGUGAAAAAUGUAUCUGAAAAUUCAGGUUAACACUUUAGAAUUAGAAGAAGUCCAGCAAUCAGAACCCAUUCCAGUUGAAAAUAUUACAGAAAACAUUGUGCUUUGCGUGCCUAUUGUUUUUGUACCAUGUUAUUAAAAUGUUAGAUGGUAUUCGUGACUGCUCCUGAUGAGCAGUAAGCCAUAUUUGGUCAGACUGAUAGUAAGGUAAACAAAGCUGCAUCCCUGCUCUAACAGCCCUGAAUCAAAUGGCUGAAUUCCCUCAUCAGCAUUCAGUUGUUCAGCUCAGCAGAGGCCUGGUACCAAGUCAUUGAUUUGAUUCAGGUGUACUGGAGAAGUUGCAGGACGGGAGCUCUUCAGUACCGGACCUAGGCACCACUGGACUGGACUAUAAAUACAGCGAGUCUAAAAGAACCACAAGAUGUUUCUGGUUUUUUCUACUAUACAGUAAAUCAAGGCUUUGAUAGAAAUUGAACAGAACAAUUUUGGUGUAUAUGUCAGGACAAAAUAACAACCCCUCUCAAUGAC